AGGUACAGACGCACAGCCUGGUGAUCCACCUGUUUAGGACACCCUUUCUGCUAUUCGGAGUGCUCCUCUCUUUCCGGAGCUUAUACUUUUGUGAUGCCUCCGAAAAAGGCGACGGCCGCCCAGAAGAAAAAGGGCGUAGUAGGAGAGACCAGCCGGGCUCAGAAGGGUACUCGGACCCUUGCUCAGAUGAUGCGUGAUAUUACGUCCCGGCCAGCCGACUCUGCUACGUCUUCAUCGUCAGAGGAGUCUGGAGCAGCUUCACCAUUAGCUCCAGGGGCUUCAGCUCCCGCGCCUCCAGCUCCUCAGCCAGGGGCGGAGGACAGGACACUGAGAGAGGCUGUGCAGUUAUUGACCACUCUGGUAGCGGGACAGGCUCGCUGACGCGGGCGGAGAGAUGAUGAUGAUGACGAUAGGCGUGACAGCCUGAGGGUUCGAGAGUUUCUAUUAUGUGGCCCUCUAGAGUUUUACGGGUCUAAGCCCGACGAGGACCCCCAUGACUUUAUUCGGGGGAUGCGGCGCUUAUUAGAUUUGGUCAGGGCUUCAGAGACUGAGUCUGUUGAGUUGGCUUCGCAUAGACUACGGGAUGUUGUUGCUCACUGGUAUGAGUCCUGGGAGCUAUCCAGGGGUGAGGGUGCUACCCCAGCUACUUGGGACGAGUUCGUGACUGCUUUCACUCACCACUUUUUGCCCCCAGAGUUACGGCGGGCGCGGGUUGACCGAUUUUUGCAUCUGCAGCAGAGGGGUCGGAGCGUCCGUGAGUAUAAUAUGGAGUUUGAUUCUUUGGCCCGGUAUGCACCUGCCAUAGUAGCAGAUAUGGCCGAUCGGAUGCACAGAUACGUGAUGGGGUUAGACCGCUAUUUGAUUGAUGGCUGUAUGGCGGUGGCAUUGCAGGCAGACAUGGAUAUUGCCCGACUACAGGCUUAUGCCCUGGGUAUGGAGGACCGACAUAGAGCUGAUUAUUCUAGCAGAGAUCGGGACAGGAGGCCGCCCAAGAGGGCCAGAUUCGCAGGUUAUUCUGGAGAUUCUCGAGGCGGACAGCCUCAGCAGCAGCAGUCAGGCAGACAUCCUCCUCCGUCAGGCCGGGGUACACCCCCACAGUUUAUCGGCAGGAGAUCUGAGGGUGCCGGAUAUUCAGGGGCAGGCCCGAGCUCUAGGGCUUCAGGUUCACAGUUGGACAGAGGUUCCAGCAGUCAGAUGAGGCCACCCAGACCUUUGUGUUCCUAUUGUGGGAGACAGCACCCGGGAGAGUGUUUCCGAGCUACGGGUGCAUGCUUUGUGUGCGGCCGUCAGGGCCAUCAUAUGAGAGACUGUCCGGCUAGAGGUGGUACAGGCAGUUCAGCUCAGUCUACCGGGUCAGCCGGUGGUUCAUCUUCAGCCUCGGUGGCGAUGCGCCCUGCGGGGCGAGGUACUCCAGCACCAGCAGGCCGCGGCAGGGGUCGUGGCGGAGCUUCGGGUUCUAGCGGUCCUUCGAACCGCAUUUAUGCCUUAGCCAGCAGACAGGACCAGGAGGCUUCGCCUAAUGUCGUCACAGGAUAGAAUCCGAACCGAUAGAGCCUUUUGAGGUAGCUACACCAGUAGGGGAUUCUGUUAUAGCCAGUCAGAUUUAUAGAGAUUGUUCCGUGAUUAUCUGUGGCCGCUGCACUAAGGCGGAUUUGGUAGAG